AUGGGUGGAAGACGUAGCACAGUUCGCGUGGUCGACUUGCGCACCAUUAGUAUGGACAUGUUCGAUCGCAAUGGGCAGAACAUCUUCAAUGCAGCCAAAAUGAUCCAGUCGGAGCUGGACGAAACGUGGGUGAACAUGAAGAAGGUGAAGGAGGUGCAGCACCUGGCCCAGGAGAGCAUGGUGAAGCUGAAGAACCUCGACAUGGAGUGCAAGGAACGGUCCGCCUCGCUGAAAGACGCUGAAAUGAACGACGUCCGGAGGCUCCAGAAGUUGCUAGCUGUGGUGAAGCAGAAAGCGGAAGUGGAGGAUAGGAUCAACAAUCAGCUGGAGGAGAUCAUGAGCCAGACCACUAUAAGACAAUAGUCGAUGGAACACGAUCAGUAAAACAAGCUUUUAUCUUGCAAACCUGCAUAUGUUGUUUUAUUUUCUAUAUUAUUAAUAUAUAU